AAACGUUACCAAAAAACUCAAACAUCAUCAAAGCUGCUUUUAAAAAUGUCAUUCGGUAUUUGUACGAACUAAAUAGGAGCUCGGACACAACGAUCUCUUAAAAGGCUCUUUUUCUGAGGGACACCGUACUGCCAACAAUGAGCUCUAAACAGUGCAUGUCCCUGCAGUUGGCAGACCCGCACCUGGCGAAGCUGACCAGCGAGUCUGAGGAGAUCCGGAUGCGCGCCCUGGAGCAGGUGGAGACGCGUUUUAUACGCUGCCUGAGUUUGGGCGAGCCGCUGCAGUUCAAGCCGGUGUUGCUCCUGAAGCAGCUAAUUCGCUGGUUCGGAUAUACUCCCCUUUUGGCCGCAGACCGUGUGCUGGCCAUGCUGUUGGAGCUGCUCCGAUCCAAGUACUCUGAUGCGGUAAUUCGUAAGAUUCCCCAAUCUCGAUUGGAGACUGAACUGGCCAAAGUGCGGCGAAUCCUGGGAUCUGAGGAAUCAAAACGUGUAAUGGAUCUUAUGGAGGACCUAGAGCUGCAGGUGAUAGAUUUGUACGAUGUGGCACGUGAGAACCCGGCUCGAUUUUCGGUAUGCACCGUGGAUCUGACCAGCACCGGGUCAGAGGCAAGCAGCGGCAGCAGGAUAAGCCAGCUGGAAGCUAAUCUCACGCCGGAGGACUACGAGCCGGCAUGGACACAGCCUAGCGUGGACGAUGUAAUGAGCAUGAAGUGCAUGCUUGAUAUGCCGUACAGUGAAACAGAACCCGAUGGCAUUGAUGUGCAAGUAAAAGUCUCACACUUGGCCAUUCGGUUGAGCGACUACCCAGCAGAGUAUUUGCUUCAGACGCCCUUUAUCUUUCUGCAUUUGGUUCGGCUUCAGAGACACGCCGUCGCCACCAUAGGUCACAUAAACAGAGCGCUUGUCGCCUGUCUGAAGCAGUUCCAACGGCGCAUCCAGGUUCGCCGUAACACCCUGAGCUAUGCAGCUAGCCUGGAUCCCCCCGGUAAACGGGGCAAGCAGCUGAAGAUAGAGAGUGCUUUGAGGGUUCUGAUGGACAGCUGCACAAAAAUACUUAACUUGAUGCUUUUCCACUCCACCACCCACAACUGGCACAUGCUGGAGCUGUGUGUGGAGGCCAUUCGCACGUACGACGUGCUUAACACCAGAGUAUCUCCUUUGGCCACAGAGCGCUUUGCCCAUAUGGUCAGAAAACUGCUUUCAUAUUGCAAUACCGUUGAGGGCAAGGAUAUGGCGAAGCUUGUGGAAACUCUCACGAUUCCUCGCCUACAGUCUCUUAUCUACAAUGGCCUACUGCAGGACACAGUAGCGCUAAAUCUCACAUAUGACAAGGAUAUAAACCGUGUUCACGCGAAAUCCCUGAUCCAGCCCAUUGUCCUCGACAGUUCAUAUCUGUCGUGCGUACCUGAUCGCAUGAAGUCACUGAGCAACUUGAUAUGCGCACUCUCCGCGGAGCCGUCUGCCUCAGAGCAACAAUUGAUUCGUCUGAAGCGCGCCUACAGUAUAGCUUUGAACCAGCUGAUCCCGAAGACGCGCAUGGGAGCGGUCCAACUGCUUCAUUCGCACAAACAAAUCUGCCUCGUGGUCAACCAGAUGGGCAGCGAGACACUGGUGAAGCUGCUAUUUGACGCCAUUCUCGAGUGCACGCCUCUUUAUGUGGGCAAUGCUCAGCUGCGCAAGGAAGCCGACUCGUUGCUGCUCAAUCUACUGGACAUGCCGGACCAGCACCUCCGUGAAUAUGUGUACCGACUUAUGCCGCGACCUGUUGUCUCGCAUUUCCAUUCCUUCAUGAACAAAACCGCAUACAUGCCAGGGUGCAACAACUUGGACCUGGCUCGCCAUCACAUUCUCGGAUUGCCAUUGAGUUCCAAAGUACUUCGCAAGCUGAUUUUAGACAGCUGGGACCCUAAUGCCCCGGACCAGAUAGCGCAGUGGUGCAUCGACUACCCAACCAUGUUCCUUAAGCUUCACUGCGUACUGCCAGAUGCCGACUUCCAUCAAAUGUUCCAGGUCGUCCUUCCCGUGCUUUCCUUGAUGGUUUCUAGGUCGAUCACCAACAACCAACUGCACAAGAUUCUGUGGCAGUUGUUCGAGCCGGACGUCACGUGCCUGGAGCCACCCGUAAUGCUGCGUGGUUAUGUCUGCUACUUGUACCACUCGGAUGCGCAGCUGCGAAGAGACGCCACAGCGAAGGUUGCCUACCUAUUGCAGUAUCAAGACUACAUGAACAAAUACCGGCCGGUUAUAGAUGAGUUGCCCAACGAAAUUUUCAUUCACGGACUGGAACUUUUUGAAACAUCUGUCGACUACAACACAGUUUUUACCGAGCGAACCGAGGAACCAUUUCAGGGUCAACGAAGCCUGGACGCUCUGCUUCGCCUGCUGCAAACCAAAGAUUUGAAGCCAUCCAUUCGAAAGUCCACCCUUGCCCAACUGAAUGUGCUGCUACAGAACUGGAAGGCCUGCGAGGACUUCUCAACGCGCGAAGAGGGCUAUCGCCUGAUCCUCGAGACCUUGCACAAUUCACUAAAGAAGGAUAGCCCUGGCGAUCCUGCGGACAUUCUACUGCCCGCCGUAAGUAUCCUGAUGAAGUUGAUGUUUCAAAGCUCUCGGUUUCGUAGGGAAAUCGCCGGCACUUUUGAGGUUUAUGUUUGCCUGUUAAGGGGCCUGCUCCUGCUUCCCCACGAGACGCAGUUGCGCAACGACGGCAGCGUCUGCCUUUUCCAAAUGCUUUGGUACGAAAGCAUCACUGCUACUGAGGACAAACUAGUGUUGGAUGUGGAUUUGACCACGAUAAAGGUGCCCAUAAACUGUGAACUGGAUACUACAUUGAAGCCUACUAUUGUGGCUGAGGGAGUGUCGCUGGAAGAGCAGUUGCAGGAGACCCAUUUCAACGGCGACAGCUUGAGAGCUGCCCAGCACUGGCGCUUGUAUGCGGCGCAUCGUAUUUGCCAAAACCCAGUUAACAUCACCCAGGAUGCUGUGCAGUUCCUUGACAUGAGCGACACCCUGAAGGUCAAAGUGAGCGAUGUGGCCCUGGUGCAGGCCUCCCAGCUGGAUAUUCAGCUGCGCAACCAUCUCACGGCCGCCAGCAAUUGCAGCAACCAUAAGGAUUUGGAGAAAAUCGUGUCGGAACUUCAGCUGUUCCUCGUCCUCAUGCGCAACGCGGUGCCGGCGUCGGAAGGCACUGCUCUGUGGCAGUUAAUCCAUAAAUAUAUGCGUUCGGUUCCGGGCAACGUGGACGAUGCCGAUGUAUACCAGGCUAUACUGAAUCUUUGCCUCAGUUGUCUGAGGUUCUGCCUGCCUCAGGUGAUGAGCGGCUUGAACAAGGCCUUUGAAUCGGAUCCCCAUCACAGCGUCAUGCUGCUAUUGCACAACCGCUCCAUAUCGCUGGAUCUGUUGUGUCUAAUCAGCCAAUGUCUACUGCACUUGAUUGCCGCCCAGCACUGCAGCAUUGAAACGAACUGGCAUGGAAAACUCUUCAUGCAACUGACCGAGGAAGCCCGAGCCCACUUUGAUCUCCGACAGCUGCAACAUGUGCGCUGCUUCCUACGUAUUCUGCGGCGGCUUAGCGAACGCGAGCUGCACUUUAGCGAAGCGCAACUCUUGGACUAUUGCGAGAACUUCAUACAGCUUUCGAAUGAUUUGCGGACCUCAACUCAAACGGGAGCUCAGUGGCAGCGAGACUGCUUGCAAAUUAUUUGCCAAUUGCAGGGACACGUUGAACGGUUACCAUGCGGGCAAAAUACAGCAGAUGAUGAGGGCAUGACCUUUAAGGUGCUGCGCUACCUUUUGGGCAUGUGUGGCCACAGUGACAGCGAAGUACGCGCCCUUUCGUGGGUGGUGAUGGCCAACUGGAUCACUGCCCGUUCUGUAGAAAUAACUGGCGUGCUGUCUCGCCUGGACUACUUGCCAGGCGGAUUGCCGGCUUGUUGUUUGACCACAAUGUUGGACGUCCAUGAAGUAAUGCUUGUGAGAGAGCUGGCUGGACGCGUAUUUAUCCUACUAAUGCCUCUAAUUGGGGCAGACGCUUGUAUCGAAUUGCUCCGGAUUCACAACUUUCUUAAAGAGGCCCACGCGGCACUGAAGGCCUUCCACGUGACUCCAUGGAUAGCGACAGAGCUGGCUGGUCCACAACAUUCGAGCGAGAUACUAAGUUGCUAUGUCGGAAUUUGCUCGCAGCUAGUGGUGCUGCGUCCAGAGUGGUGUGCGACUUUGUGUGAGCAUAGUUUCAUGAACUGCCUUAGUGACAUCAUGAAGAUUCCGCCGCCACCCGUAUCCUUCUCCACCGCCUUCCUAGAGCUGUGCGUCGGGCACAUAUGCGAGCUGUACGCCCUGUGCUAUCGUGAUAAUUUCGAGUUCCUGCAGAGGACCAUCUGCCGGGACAGCGUAUUGCUGCAAAGCUUUCUUGCGCUUACCAACGAUGUCCUAGAUUUGGAUUUUCCCGAACACAUGCUAGUUCAACUCUUCAAGCUGUUUCUCGUCUUCUGCAAGGAUUCAAACGCCCACGAAUUUAUAUGCGAGCAGCUCGUUCAACAGCCAGCUCUGUUUUUGGACUUUUUCCUUUACGGACUGCAUUUGUCCUAUAAGGACACACCGUUCCAACGCUACACGCUGUCAUCCCUGUCCAUGGUGUUCAUCAAGGCACAAAACGCCCCAGAGAAGACGAGUCUGCUCAAGGAAUUGGAACUGUAUGUCCUGCCACUGGAUGAUCUUAUGCCGAGCGAUGAGGAAGAGAAAGGUUUGAAAGCGCAGGAGAAUGCUGUAAAUACUAUAAGUAAUCAGCUUAUAUCGGUGUGCAUGCACAGUCCAUCGUCAAAAGGGGAAACCGAAACCCCAAGCCCAAAGUCCCCAACACCCUUGAAGUUUACGAACGCUGCAGUAUUGAUUUAUCAUCGCUUGGAUCGUCUCUUUGAAUUCCACUAUCCACCAAAGACAUUUAACUUUCUGCAUCCUCCCAGCGCUGGUCAUGUUCAGAUUUGUGAGACCCUCGGUGGGUUGUUGAAACUCUCGCCGUGGGCUGUUCAUGCAGCUAGACAACUGAAGCUGCUGGACCGUGUCCUCAAUAUACUGGACACCUUCCUCAGCGAUACAAACAUCGGAAAUGCCUGUACCUACGUGAAGCGAGUGGGAGCCCAUAAGUCCCGAGACAUACUCAGCAACCUGCUGGUGCUCCUCAAUAUGUUGGCACAAUGGCACAGCUCCCAUCAUGCCGUGAUCACUCAGCCUGCAAUGGCUGUGACAACAGUGAAGCUUCUUAUUCGCAUGUGGCCCUGGCUAUCGCACUCAGCUCCUUUGAAGAAGUUGACCGUCCAGCUGGCCAUGUUCCUCUCCGAGCAUUCCUUCGAAAUUUGCAAGCAGAUAUCGCUCGUUCACUCCGGCCAAUCGCACUCCCUGCUCCAGCUAAUGGCUCGUGUGGCUGACCACGAAACGACUAGGAAGGAGACCUCCCAUAGUGCGGGCAACCAAUGUGUGGUGCCCGCUUUGCGGGUUAUGAUUAACUGCUGCUCCAGCGCCGAGGGACGAUUGAGCUUGAGUAAGAUGCAUGUGCUGGAUAUGUUCGACACAAUUCUGCCGUCAACUGCUUCUACCAUCAACUCCCUGAACGUAGCCAAAGGGUUGAAACCCUUGGUCUUUAACGCCUGGCUGGGAUUCUGGGAGGUGUAUUCCCGCUAUGAUGUGGGGGCCAAGGUGUGCCAUCUACAUUCCCUUAUCACCGCAGUACGCUAUUCAACGCCACUAAACUACAUGAGAAUUCUGUGCCUCCGCAUUCUCCGCAACAUGUGCUUCUUCUCUGGAAACCGGGCCCAACUUGUGGAGACCUCAGAGUUCAUUAACUUGCUUCGUGAUAUUAUAAACCAACCUGUUAGAGAUCUGGACGGAGCCGGGGACUCAAAAUCCCAUUUGAGCUCUUUGGAGGAGCACCGUCUCUCCGUGCUGAUGGUGUGGAAACUGUUUUGCUUCGGAGCCAAAUAUAAGGGCAUGCUGCGAGGUACUAAGCUGCUGAAAAUGCUGACCGGCCUGCGACUACAGUUGACAGUUUUGAAAAUCGAGAAACCGGAUCGAUACUCGGACAUUCCAUAUGCAGAAGACGUCGCCGGGCUGCUGAAAAACAUCCACGAGUCCCUGCAACAGUAAUCGGCGCAAUGUUGUCCACAAAACUGACCAAGUACAAACCAUAGGUUAGUGUAGAUGUAACAAAAUGUUGUUUUUCAUAUGUCUUUUGUAAACGGACUUGUAAUGUAAACAUUAAAUCAUGUACUUAAGGGAUAAAAACAUUUGAUACAUUCAUGUUAACCGUAGAAAAUCUAAAAGAAUUCUAACUCAAAUUUACUAUAUCGUAACAAUAAAUAAUUUAUUCUGCAUAA